ACCGAGUAACAAUGCAAGUUCCCUGAAUCUCUCUCUCUCAAUCUAAGCCGUCCAUCCAUUUAAUUGUUUCUUCCACCGCCCACCAACAAUAGUCCGCGUCCUAUAAAUAUCAAACAGUUUUCCUCUGUUUUAAGCUUCAGGAUUACACAUCAAAACAUUACAAAAUCUACAUCUUUUAUCGGUUACAUAAUCGAAUCGCCCAUGGCAAUCCGUCUGCCUAGGAUUAUUCAAGCAAACCAAUGUCUGAGACGAUCUUCUUCUUCUUGUUCUAAUUUUCUGGAUAUUCCAAAGGGCUAUUUUGCAGUGUAUGUUGGAGAAGAAUCUGAAAAGACAAAGAGGUUCGUGAUCCCGGUGGCUUACUUAAACCAGCCCUGGUUCCAGGAUUUGUUGCAACAAGCCGAAGAAGAAUAUGGGUUCGAUCAUCCAAUCUUGGGAGGCUUGACAAUCCCCUGCAGACAAGACAUCUUUCUUGAUCUUACUUCUCGUUUGAGUCAUCAAAAAUAAAGCUUGUAAUAUGGUGGUCAGUUUAGUUAGUAAUUAAGCUGUACGUAGGUUAUAGAGAUUUGCACCGUUUUGUAGUGUAAUCUCUCCAAGGAUUGGAACGUCUUUUUAACUUGUACAGUUUUCCUUGGUUUUUUUAUAUAUGAUUACGUCAAGACAAGAUAUCAAAUAUGAAGAACAGAGUCCUCUUUAAUGUUUAUUAUUACUCGGAUCUUCUUCAUUGACAUGGUGUUUUAGUUUUUACUCUUAUCAUUAGUAUGUUAGAGCAAAUUUACGACGGAGGUGUUAUUCGGUUUGCCGCCUCCAGAAUAGAAGCGUGAUACAUGCGUCUGCAUACAGAACGUGGAAGGAAAAAAAAUGCCUACUCCCUUCCCAAUAUAUUGAAUGGCCGCUUUGUGACGCUACCAACCUCGACCGAUACUCUUGGUCCAUGUAAUAAAUGUAACAUCUAUUUAAUAAUUAUUAAGACACG